AUGGCAGCAGCGCCCGUCGCAGAGACCAUCAAUGGCUUCGUCAAUCCUCCGACUGACGCCGAAACCCUUACUCUCUACCGCCCAGAAACGCCAGAAGCGGCGGAGAUUAAUGAACACCUUCUCAAUCACCCUCUGGCGGUCAAACUACGAGCACAGCCGGGUAUGACUGAGAGCAGACCGCACCUAAAGAUCCCACCCGCCAUGCGACCACACAAUUUCACAGCGGGCAUAUUGAUGGGCGAGGAUAAGAUCAAUGUCCCGCCGUUGACAUUCAACGAGAAGAACGCCGAACUACCUUCACUGGUUCAGUUCGCGCAUCUCGGUCCUGCGCUUUGCGGACACCCCGGCAUCGUUCAUGGUGGCCUGCUUGCGACGCUGCUUGACGAAGGCUUGGCGCGGACAUGCUUCCCUGCGCUGCCGAACAAAGUUGGCGUGACUGCUAGCUUGAAGAUCGAUUACAAGGUGCCGUGUCCGGCGAAUAGCUACGUCGUCUUCAAGGCGAAGACGACGAAAGUCGAAGGACGGAAAGCAUGGGUGGAAGGCUGGAUCGAGCUGCUAGGUGACGAUGAUGGCGAGGGCACAAAGUUGGUGACAGCUGAGGCACUUUUUAUCGAGCCGAGAGGCGCGAAGAACAUGGCGCGUGUGUACAGUACGCAGUAG